GCGGUGGAUAUAUUAUGUAUAUAUAUUUGAUAUUACAUAGUUAGUUACAGCGUAGAAACCAAAAAAAUAAGGAGUCGGGUUGUAAUUUAAAUAUCAGGAUUCUGUAUACUGUAUACUCAAUCUAGAUAUCCAUCCAUAACUAUCGCGAUAUCAAAUCUAUAACUACCCAUACAUACUCGCAGAACUGUGUCUCGACCUAUCUCCAUCGUCUCUUUUGUAUCUCUUUCUUCUCCCUUCCACACAGGAUAGAGAUGAGAGAAAUGGCGGCCAUGGACUGGUAUGAUGUAGUUACUGUACAAUGCACGUGUACAUGUACAUACACACUAAUAUUACCUCCUCAGCCACUUCUGACUAUACCUGACCAUACUUGUAUUACACCGUGGUGCUUGACUUGAUACUUGAUACUCAGUUGGAGUGUUUAGUUCCUUGUCUUUUCGUUUGCAACUUUCUUACUCUUAACAACUUCUUCUUCUUCUUCUUCUUCUUCUUCUUCUUGAUAUUUCCCCUAUCUUAUAUUUCCCUUUUCCCUUUUGUUUUUCUUUUGCUGCCACUGCCACUGCUGCUGCUGCUGCACCAGGGCUGCGAGAGAGUGAGUGAGUGAGUGAAUUAGUGUUUUAGCUAGUUAACUAGCGGACUUCUCUCGUGCUUUUGGUGGAUCGUCAGUUUCUGUCUCUUCUUCUCUCGCGGAUCGUCUUCUUCUUUUUGGCUAUUGGCUCUCUGUUCGCUCUUUGUUAUAUCUCUCGCUUGAUCCCAAGCUGUCCUCCGUUGCCUACACCCCCAGGUACAAAAAAGCCCCGAUUCCUGCUACUUGCUUAAAUACUGCCUGUUGCUCGCCUCCUGCUAAAUAGCUACCGCCCUUGAUUUGGUGUCUGUGUCCUCCUGUCCAUAGAUAGGUAGACUUUGUUUCAGCCAUAUUUAACUGGCCAGGCAGAACAGAGCCCCUCCCUCCCCUCAACACCACACCCUCAGCAACCACCAUCUAACGCACACACACACACACACACAUACACAUACACCCUGUUGCUUUCGGGAACCCUAUAUCCAAGUCACAGACCGUUGCCCGCGAGAGAUGCUCAAUGCUUGGACUCAACCACAGGCCGAAUCCACUAUCCCGCUGCUCUUGCACAACCACCGCUACUCCGGCUCGUGUUGUCGUGGUCGCUGUGGUUGCCAGUGUUGCUGUCGUGACCUCUACCAGUACCACCGCCACCCCACACCGUGAAUAGUUAAUGCCCACAUCCUAUAUCUCUACAGACAUACAUACAUACAUACAUACAUCCAUCCAUACAUCAGCAGAUAAAUAAAUAUCCCUACAGCUAUUUAUUACCAACACAACCCCCUUCUUUUCUGACGCCAUGGCCCAGUCCAACAAGGGCGUUGCCAGUGGCUGCAACCUGCGGCUGUCCCCUACCCCCUCCGGCCUCCCCCUCAGCGCCCAACCCGCCGCGACUGUUGCCCCUGCACCAUCCCCUAACAAUAAUAACUGCGCCGGGAGCACUACCACCACCAUCACUACUACCACCUCCACCACCACUACGACGACGACGACGAACAGCAACAAUAACAACAAUAACAAUCACACCCACAAUCACCGUACAUCUUCGCUUCCAGAUACCUAUGCUGCUCUGGCCUCCUCGGUGGCCUCGUUCCUGGCUGUCAGCAUCCACCAGAUCCUAUAUCUGCGCGCCAUCUAUCCCCAGCCAACCUUCCUCCCCGUCCGCCACUUCAACCACCCCGUCAGACAGUCAAGGCACCCCAAAGUCUGCACCUGGGUAACUGAUGCCUGUGCUGCCGUCGAGGCCCAACUACUAAAAUGCUCCGUCGCUGCUGUCUCCGUCGUCAUUCUCUCCGCCAGCACCAACCGCCCUCUCGAGAGAUAUACCUUCGACAUGACCCAGAUACCAGAGGUGCCGGCUAGUGACAUCCACACUCCAUUCGAGAACUCCUCGUCUGCUGAUCAACAAGAACAACAACUACCAUCAACUACAAAGCCCCAAACUCAUCCCCGCCCCGCCCCCAUCGACCUCGAAGCCCAAUUCCGCGCCGUCCUAGCCAGACUCGCCUCUGCCUGUGCUCGCUUAACUCCUCUCCCCCGCGAUGAAGAAUACACGCCCACCCUCCACAUCGUCCUGCGCAACAACGCUGACAGCCCCGCCGGCGUCACCAAAGAGGAACAACUCUGGAUCGCCGCUGAGCCCGAUAGAAAAGUUGACCUGAACAACACUAAGCCUAAUAGUAAUAAUAAUACAACCCGCCACCUGAAUCCCACCGGCACUGGUAACGGCAAUGACAAUGACAACUCCUUCGACAACAGCAGUACUACGGCCCGGAAUAGAGGCGGUGAGAUGAAUGGCAGCAGGCGCGGCUCGCGCGGCCGGGCGAAAACGGUGCCCGUCCGGACGGUGGAUGCUGGAGAGAUGAAGUUGGAAGUGUGGGUUGAGGAGGCAAAGGGGAAGUUUGAAGAGCUGGAUCGGAUUCGGGCGGAACAUCCACCAUGAACCUGGAAUUGGUAAUUGGAAUUUGAAAUUGACAUUAACAUUAAAGGGAGGUCAAUUUUAUUUUAUUUUCUGAUUUGGAGGCUGAUAGGAAAUGGAAUGGAGACCUUUCUCCGUUUCUCAAUUUGACACAAUUAUUUUUUUCUUAUAGAAUUUAAAAAAGUGACAAAAAAUCACUUUGCUGUUGAUGGAUUUUGAUAUUGUUUUGUUCUGUUUUCUUUUGCUCAGCGGUUUCCUUUGAUUCCGAGUCGUCUAAGUUAACCGUUCGUUGCAUUCACGUUCCUUACAUUCUCACUGUCAUUCAUCCAUCUCAUAUUUUCCCCUGCCCCUCCUCGCCGUAGCUAAUAUAUUCUUUCUUCCCCUUUCCCUCCUUUUCACAUCAUUCAUUACGUUUACAUUUUCGCUUUCCUUUCGUAUAUGACGGCCUCACAACAUAUCUUACUUAUUAUGUCCCGUUACUUUAUUUGAAAACUGCAACUGGCACGACUCUCCUUCCUUAUCAAUUUCAUUCCCUAUUCUCAUUUUAGCUUAACCUGCUUUCUUUCCUCCAUUCUCAGCCAGCUUUUCUUUUCUUUUCCUGUUUCUUUUUCCCUCAUUUACAUUUGUUCACCUGAACAGAUGUCCUCGUGGCCAAAUUGAUACUGAACCCUUUUCUUUGUUGGGUCACUUUCCUUCAAUUUUCCUUCUCCUUUUUCAUUUCAUUUCACCAUAUUAUGUUUCUGUUUCUACAUCUGAGUCUUAUGUCUUCUUCUCUUUUUCUUUUUCAUUAAUGUUGUUUUCUCCCUUUCUCUUCCUCUUUUCAAAUUCAAAUCCAUUUUCAUUUUUCAUCCAUUUCCCCCCUCCUACAGGUCAUAUGUCCUAUCAAGUGUCAAGUGUCACGUAAACGCCCCCCCUCGAAAUUGUCAGGAGAAGAAAAAUUCAAAAAUCCAAGGAAGAAAAAAAAAAGGAAAAAAGGGGUUCAUCAUAUCAAUGGAAACUGCAACAACCGCCCGCGUCAGCCUGAGCUAUCUAUCUAUCUGAAAAGAAAAGAACAAGGAUGAAUGAAAAUGACAAAAACAAAAACAAAAACUGUCAGUGAUAGAUAAUCAAUCAAUGUUCCUGAAAACACAGUUGCAGUGCUUGGAGGGGUAAAAGGGGAGAGUGAAGAAGAGAAGGGAAGAGAGAUGAAGGAAUAAAAUUUGAGUAAACAGUAUGAGAAAAUGAGAGGUAUUCCUUUAUCUCUCUUCUCUUCUCCUUUCUCCCUUUCUUCCCUUUUAUCCCUCCAAGCACUGCAACUGUGUUUUCAGGAACAUUGAUUGAUUGUCUACUGCUGAUGGUUUUUGUUUUUGUUUUUAUCAUUUCCAUUUAUCCUUGUUCUUUUCUUUUCAGAUAGAUAGAUAGCUCAGGCUGACACGGGCAGUUGUUGCAGUUUCCAUUGAUAUGAUGAACCCCUUUUUUCUUUUUCUUUUUUUUUUCUUCUUUUUUUUUUUCUUCUUCUUCCAAAAAAAAAGGGGGGGAGCGGAGGGGUUGAAUGAAACGAUGAUAUGCAAUGAAGAAGUUGAGAGCGAGAGGGAACAAGAAUAUCAGAUAUUUCAAUCAUGUUUCUUUUGAUCACAUUUCUUUUAUGAGCGUUGCCAUCGUCCUUCUCUUUCAUAUACUUGCUUAUGAGGUAUUUCUGGAUAAGGUGGAGGGAGGGAGGGGGGGAGUCUCGGUUAUAUUUUUCUGAACAUCCUCUGCACAACAGAGCUAUCAGCAACAUUAUCAAAACAUUUUACCCUUUUUACCUACGUUUUACAAUUAUUUUUCUUUUAAGCUUGAGAUGAAGCUAGUACAAGAAAUGGAGGAAAGAUGGCAGGACGAAACCGUAAGUUCAAGAAGAAUCCGGGCUGGCAGCGCGGCCGGGAGAAGAGAGAAAUAUUUUGAAUGGGCUUUCUGACUUUUCGGAAUUGAGAUGUCUUGCAUUAUAGAAAUUAAUGAUCUCAAUUGUUAAACGUUUU